AUGAAAAGCUUUCAAGAGAUCGAGAAUGACUUCCAUGAAGAUCAAGAUGAUCGAAGUAGGAGGCAUCAUAAAUUACAAAAUAGUAGGGAUCAUGUUUGUAAGGUAUGUGGCAAGAGAUUCGAAACUGGAAACGGUUUAGGAGGUCACAAAAGAAUUCACAAUCUACUUCUUCCCAAUAAGAAGAUCAACAAGUUUAAGGCAAACGAGAAAGUACACCAUCCUUCUUCCCGAGAUUACUUGAAGGAUGUCAGAUGGCUUCAAGCUCUGUCUGUUAGUCCUUCUCAAUCUUCUUCCUCCUCUACAUCCUCUUCUUGGUGCGAAUCAUCAUCCUCCGAUCUUACAGAGUCAGAUAGUGAUCUAGAAAAGUCCUUACCAAUCUGGGGCAGGAAAGAUGUCAGAGGCAGGAGUAGCACUUGCACAAGUAGUACAACUACUCUAAUUGCUAACCAAACAGUAACUAAUAAACCCAGGGAGGCAGCUAAAAUUAAAACAGAUGAGACUAGUUGGAGUGAUAAGAACAUGAAGCCAAAGAAGAUGAUGAUGAGGUCAAAUUUGGAGAAAAGUAGAAAACAUGUAUGUGAGAUUUGCUAUAAGGAGUUUCCAACGGGGCAGGCUCUCGGUGGUCACAAGAGUUCUCACUACUACUAUCCAGGUUCAACAGCAUCAGCAACAUCAAUUAGGGAAGUUCCUGGGCUUGAUCAAGUAGUAUCCAAUGAAGAUGAAGAAGCAAGUAGGCCUACCAUAAGUCGUGAAACAUUCGAGUUUGAUCUCAAUGAAAUUCCUUCUGAAGAGAAUUGA